UGACGUUUCGAACUUGGAUAUUUGUAUUCAUAGAUUUUUUGUUUCGUUUAAUGUAAUUUAAUAACUAAUUCAUCAUUAAUUACAACAAAUGUAGUGAACAGCUACUUUGUUUAUAUUACUGUGCAAACGACGGUGAUUUCUUUAAGAAAACACAAAAUUAUCAAGAUGACGGAGACGCGUCGCUUGCAGCUUCAUCUUGGAAAAUGUAUCGAAGAUUUAGACAAAUUACACAAUGUUCCGGAUUUAAAAUCGAAAAGAGCUCAUUUGUUAUGCAAAACUGCUCAGAAACUGUUUGAGAAAGCUGAACAGGAGCGCGACAGAGGCGAUGAGGAAAACUCGUACGUUUACUACAUGAAAUACCUUCGCGUAGUGGCGUUCCUCAGCAAAGACAAGGAGUACAUGAAGGACAAGACUUACUAUAACAACAUGCUGGGAACAAAAAAUCCCAAUAAGGCUAUUGACGCUGCUGAAAUGUUGAAAAACAGCCUUAUUGAUAGAUAUGCUAAGGAACAGAAAGCAAAACGCUUGCAUGAUAUCAAAGAAAACGAGCUUGUUAAGCAGAUGAUUGAUGAGAACAGAAAGAAAGCAAUUGAAGCUAUCCCGGUUCAUGAGCAACCGCAACCAGUAGGACUGCCAGGACCAGAUGAAGUGACAAUAAAAAGUGAGCAGCUGUAUUCAAUUCUCAAGAGUGGGAAACUGAAAGUGAUGAUCCUAGACGCUCGUCCGGGGAAGGACUAUUUGGAAUCUCACAUCAAUUACCCUGCCUGUAUUAGUAUUCCCGAGGAAUGUAUAUCACCAGGGCAAUCAGCGAAUGUUCUGGAACAGAAUCUGCCAUCAGCGUCCCGAGCGGUAUGGUCGGAGCGGGCUGCCAUGGAACUGAUUGUGAUGCUGGAUUGGAGUAGCACAGCCGUUAUCCCCGGGAAGACACUGCAUCUGCUAAAGACUAUACUGCUAAAGUGGGACAUAAAAGUCCAAUAUGCCCGUCAGCCGCUAGCAUUGCUUGGUGGUUAUGAAGAUUGGCUGCUGAAGUACCCUGCCUUCACCACCAAUCACCUCGCUGUACCUCCCAGUCAGAACAGCAUGCUUGAUGAUAUGUUAGGUGAGAUAGAGUACCCCAACUGGUCCGAUGUGGUCCCCCCAUCCCCUCCAGCACAGCAAGCCGCGCCCCCACAGCGCACCCCCAAGCCGGGGGAGCCUGUCGUUGAUCGUACUAGUAAAAUGGCAGCAGUGCAGCUGUACGAGGAGCGCGCCCGCAACAUGCAGCUCAUCCUGGAGGAGCAGCAGCGCAUCGCUGACACAUCACUCACCUUGGAGAUGCAGAGGAUCGAAGCUGAACAGGAUUGGGAGAAAGUACGCGAACAACGCGAGGCUGCACAGCGCGAAGACCUGCGAGCUAUGUACCAGCUACGCCAGCAGGAGAUCUCCUCACUCCUCAUGCAGCUCGAGAACAAGCAGUUCGACAUGGAACAAGAGAACCAGCGUCUCCGGGAACAGCUGGAGGAGUACCAGCGUCGGGAGCGCGAGGAGGCGGAGAAGUUGGCUGAGAGCAUCGCACGCGCUGCAGAACAGUCACACAGCGAUGCAGACGCACAAGCGGCCAUGGCGCAGCAGGAGGCGAGCUCAGCAGCACUGCGCGAACUGAGCGCUAGACGUGCGCACAUCGCGGAAGUGCGCGCCGCCAGGCAACACCUUGACCGCCGCCGUGAGCUGCUCGAGACUGAGCGCAAGCGCAAGCUCACUGAGGCCCGCAUGCGCAGGAAGCCACAGGACGAUGAUGGCGACACAUUCAUGGAGCCCCCGGAGGACGCGGCCGAAGUCCCCGGCCUCAACCGCUCGCAGUCCUCGCCCAACAUACCAAAGGUAUCUGAGGAGGAGGAAGAGGAGGAGACACCAGCGCCGACGUUCGACCGCAGCACGAAGCCGCACAAGGUGGCGCCCUCCAGUGACAUGCAGCAGCGAGACUUCCAGCCUGUGUGGGGAGAUGUGGGUCGCGGCUUGACUGGUCUAAAGAAUCUUGGUAACACAUGUUAUAUGAACUCCAUCAUCCAGUGCCUCAACAACACCGCUAUACUCGUCACAUACUUCUGCAAUGGACAGUACCUCGAACAUGUCAAUAGGUCUCACAGCACGCGCGGUGCCAUCGCAGAGGAGCUGGCGGCGGUUGUGCGCGCGCUCUGGUCCGGACAGUACCGCUUCAUCGCCAUUAAAGACCUCAGGAACGAAGUGGGCAAACAUCAGCGCGCUUUCCGCGGCGGAGAGCAGCAGGACUCGCACGAGUUCCUCACCAUUCUCAUGGAUUGGCUGCACCUCGACCUGCAGUUCGCCAUCAAACCGCCGCAGAAGGAUGGUCUGCCGGCUGCGGAGCGCGCGUGGCACGAGUACACUCGCUGCAAGGAGAGCCUCGUGCUGCGGCUGUUCUACGGCCAGAUCAGGUCCACUGUGCGCUGUGUGCGCUGCGCCGAGCGCUCCGCCACAUACGACUCCUUCUCCAACCUCUCCCUGGAGCUGCCCGCGGCCGCCGCGCGCUGCACGCUGCAGGACUGCUUAAACCUGUACCUAAAAGACGAGACGAUACCGGGCUGGAACUGCCCCAAGUGCAAGGAGAAGCGGGACGCGGUCAAGAAGCUGGACAUCUCCCGACUGCCGCCGGUGCUGGUCAUCCACUUCAAGCGGUUCUACGUGGACCCCAAGGAGUACAUGAGCAACACGUACCGCAAGAAGCAGACGUACAUCGACUUCCCGCUGGAGGAGCUGGACAUGAGCCAGUUCUCGCUGCACUGUCCCGGCAACCCCAUGUACAACCUGUACGCCGUCUCCAACCACUACGGCUCCAUGGAGGGGGGGCAUUACACCGCCUACUGCAAGAGCAGCGUCUACGGCAAAUGGUACAAAUACGACGACCACGUGGUGACAGAGAUACCCACAAGUGAGGUGAAGUCCAGCGCCGCCUACAUACUGUUCUACACCUCGUGUGCGCGCUCGUGAUGCCCCGCCCCUUUACAUGGCCCCGCCCCUUUACACGGCCCCGCCCCUUUACACGGCCCCGCCCACACGCGUACCGACAUAAAAUCACCAACCUCUAGUAAUUCCUAUCUUAAUUAUCUCUCGUUUUAAACACAAGAUUGUUUUUUUUUUUCGUUCU